AUGUUCGAAUGGGAAACAAGAAGAAACGUUUUCAGCCCAGCUAAUUUUUCAUAAUUUUUUGUUAAAUUAGAAGUUUUAUUCUACUGUCUAUUUUAGAAAAGAGGGACAAUUAUCUCCACUAGCCCUGCUAACACCGCGUAUAGUGCUCUAAAGAGAUGAGCAACAACAAGAGAGCGCCUACAACAGCAACGCAGCGGCUAAAACAAGACUACCUACGAAUAAAGAAAGACCCUGUACCAUACAUAUGCGCUGAACCUCUUCCUUCAAACAUAUUGGAAUGGCAUUAUCUUGUACGAGGACCCGAGAAAACUCCAUAUGAAGGUGGUUAUUACCAUGGCAAACUCAUGUUCCCCAGAGAAUUCCCCUUCAAACCACCAAGCAUAUACAUGAUAACCCCUAACGGGAGAUUUAAAUGUAACACAAGGCUAUGUUUGUCCAUCACAGACUUCCAUCCUGACACAUGGAAUCCUGCGUGGUCCGUCUCAACCAUACUUACAGGGUUACUUAGCUUCAUGGUAGAGAAAGGUCCCACCCUCGGCAGCAUAGAAACCUCAGACUUUACAAAAAGACAACUUGCCUCUCAGAGCCUGGCUUUCAAUAUCAAAGAUAGGGUCUUUUGUGAGCUGUUUCCAGAUGUUGUUGAUGAGAUAAAGCAGAAGCAGAGGCUGCAGGGCGAGCUGGCAAGCCCUCCUGGCCAGGCGUUACCCCUCCCAGACGUGGUGCCCGACAGUGAUGCCCACCACCUCGCCCAGAACGGGCACGCCCACCCUGCCAACGGGCAUGCCAACCACGCUGCCCAUCCUCCCGACCUGCAGCACGCCCACCGUAACCACGGGCUACUGGGCGGGGCCCUGGCAAACCUGUUUGUCAUCGUGGGCUUCGCCGCGUUUGCCUACACAGUCAAAUAUGUCCUAAGAAGCAUCGCACAGGAAUGAACUUUGGUGUGAGGGAGAACAAAGCCCGUGGCAGAGGGUGGAAAGAACAGGGGGUGGGAUAGUGAGCUGAUUUUUUUUCUUACUGUCUGAAGCAACUAGGUUACUUGUUCCCUGUCUGGCUUUUUAAAAAUGUAAAUGCAACUAGACAGUUGGAAACCAUCAUGGUCUACGCUUUAGGGGAUACGUCGAAUCAAAGCAGCAGAGUUUUCCUGGUCUGUAGAAUCAUGUUUGAUAUGAGUGAAGAUAUUUCCCCCUAGUAGGAGGCGACUUACUUGUGUGUCCACGAAGCCUUUCUUACACAUCAGUCAGGCAGUUAACACCUGUUUCAAAGCUGUUGGACAUUUGGUUUGGAGGUAAAAUCAUUCCUGUUUUCACCCCCACAAAUUUGUUUGUUGGGGGUCGACGGACUAUAAGAAGAAUCAAAAACAUUAAUUACCAUAUUGUUAUGGAGUCAUUCCUGAGUAUUUUCUGUAAUGUAAAUGCAUUAUUUUCUAUUGGAUUUAUGUUGAAAAAUGUAUUUGAAAAUUAAAAUGAGAGUUUGGAUGGCCAGCACUGACAAAGUCUCUAAAACCAAUUUGUUGUCCAAUAUUUAGUGAAGGCUGUUUUCUACAAAUGAGAAGCCAAAGCAAAUGUGAGCUCAUUUUUUGUAAACCAAUCUAACACUAUUGUGUUGCUUUAUGUGCAAUCUGUUUUAAUGCUGUCCUUGUUUCUAGGAUAUUUAAACAAAUUCUGUCUUACCCCCUCCUGUCUGUAACCUAUGUGCAAUAUCCCACCUUAAUUUAGAAAUAAAUAUUAAUAUUCUUGUCAUAAAUUUGUCUCUUUU